AUGGUUUUCGCAAUAGAGUUCAAUAUCUACAAAGCUAUCUUGGGCGUCUGCAUCCUCUACCUCUCAGCAGUUCGAGCUCAACAAGCUGUAGAUUUUGGUUCUAUCUGGGUCGUGCCUGAUGGCACCCAGUCAGAUCUUUCACAAACAUUCAGACAAGGUCUUACUCUCCAGAUUACUUGGUUUGGGGCGCCAGUGGACUAUCAAUUUGAUACUUUGACGAACUUGUGGGUCACAACGUGGGAGUAUGAAAAGACUGCAUACAGCCAGUUACUUGAAGGAAAUAUCAACGCCAACGAUAGCGGUACUCAUGACUGGACAAUUGAUAUUCCGACCAGUGUUUUAGGCAAGACCGCAAAAUACGUUCUUCGAUUUAAAGACCUUAAUCCUGCAUUUAACCCCGAUUCUCGUGAUGUGUCAAGUCCAGCAUUUUUGGUCAUCACCGGAGAUCCUUCUUCAUCCUCUAGAACUUCUACUUCAUCAUCCACAGCUUCUUCCUCGUCCUCUACAAUUACUUCUUCUCCGACACUUUCCAGUUCUGCAGUUUCUUCGACUCAGGAAUCUACUUCUUCCACUGGCGCUAUUGGAAAUCCAACAGCAGUUGACACGACAUACAGGGAUAAAUACACUAGACUUAGCGGUGGAUUAGCAGCAGGUAUUGCUGUUGCAUCUGUGGUUGUACUUUGCGCAGUCCUUGGAUUGGCGUACUUCCUGUACAAACGAAGGAAAAGCAAGAGAGAUCCUGCAACAGAACCGUUGACAGAGCAUCCUACAGGGUCUUUGACGAAGCCUCCAACGUAUCAUGAAGCACCAAAUCAGGAAUUAGCAGUGCCUUCUGAGAAAGCGGCUGAGCUUGGCGGUGAAGAAAGACCAGUGGAGUUAGAAGGUUAG